AUGACUUCGCUCAACAAGAGGGCCGUUCUUCACAACUCUUCCCCUCUCGUUGCCAACUCGGCAGCGUUUUCAUCCUCUUCUCCAGCUCUACUGAGCUCCUCUUCAUCGUUCAACAACAACAACACUUGUUUUCAAUCACUUCCUAAUAACAACCCUAACAACAACAACAACAACAACACGAUGGAUCUUCUCGAACAACAACUCUCCAUCGAAGCCGAAGAAUUCGAACGAAAACUCCAACUCGAAACUCAAGAUCCACUCAAGAGAGCCCUCUCACGUCGUGAAUUCUAUGCCACUCAAGAAGAACGACGAGCCGAACGAAAGCGAGAACUCGGAACUAUGGCCAAACGUAAAGAGAGAGCCGCGGUGGGCCAGACCGCUCUGGAACGACUCCAAAAAAAAUGUUCUCCUGCUUUUCUUCACUCUCGGGAUUUUGAGGCGAAUAUGUGUGUGGGGGGAACGGCGGGACAGCUCACGGAAAAGGCUUACUUGGGUCCGUUGUUGGUCUAUAGUGGAGAUGUGGAGCAGAAGGCGGCAGUGGUUGUGAGUAGUAGUAGUAGUAGUAGUAGUGGUACUAGUGGUGGAGGUAGUGGUGGUGUUGGUGGUGAGAAUGGUACUGAUGGAGGAGAUCAUGCCGAUUCCAGUCAUCAUCAUGAUCAUCAUGAUAAGAAGGUCGAUGUUCAUGAGGAAGAAGAGGCUGAUUCCCUUCAUGUGGAUGUGAUUCAUGAGGCUAUUUUUGAGGAACAGAAACGUUUGGUGGAGAUUUUACAAAUGAUGCAAAAUGGUGAAAAGCCUUUACCUUCAGGAAUGUCGUCAAAACCUGUUUUUCUUGGCGAGGAUGGAACCUUGUACAACUUGUAUUAUGAACCUCUCCCAAAUCAAGAUGCAACACAAUUGAGAGGAAGAGGAAAAUUUUCAAAAGUUGCCUAUGGAUCGGUUGCCAAAGGUGCCGAACAAGAAUUUGUGGAGGGUUAUACCAAAGCCAAAGAGUUGAAAAGUAAGAAAAUUGUGUACAAUAGCGAACAGGAACAAUACUUGAAAAAGUAUGGACCCGUUGUUGACAAGGAAGAGCUAGGUGUGAAAUGUUUGAAACGUGCUCGUAUGUUGGAUCGUUAUGAAUACGAGUAUGAUCCAGAAUUGUACCAAUCAGCUCCUGACCCAGACAGUUUUACUACCUUUGAGGAGUACGAAGAGGCUUUAUUGAAUUGGAGCAAACAAGUCGAAGGAAAAUUAGGUUAUUUGCAGUUGCCACGUGUGAUGGGUAGACAUUAUUUCCGUCCAUGUCAAAGACCUGUCAUUUCUGAGAAUGAUGGCGACAAUACCAGAUCCGAUUCUAACAAACUCAAUUCGAGACGUAUUGCUGAAAAUAUAUCUUCAAUUUCUAUGAAAUCGUCAAUUAUGGAUGAUGACAUGAACGAAAUUCAUGAAACUUGGGAAUCACACUUGGUCCCUCUCGAACCAAAGCCAGAAUUCUAUGAAACUUUCAAAGAAUAUGAAACUGCAAUGAUUCGUUGGGCCAUUACUUGUCUCGGUUUGCCAUUCCUUCCACCCCAUGUUGCACAAUAUCAAAACCUGUUGGGUCUCAAGUUAAUGAACGAACCAAAAUUCCAAGUUGCUGGUGUUCAGACUUCAAGUAAUGACAGCGGCGAGGAAGAAAAGGAAGAUCGUGAAGAUGGUGAUCACAACGAUGACGAAGAUAGAAAGGACGACGAUCAUGAUUCUGUGCGUUACGAAGUUUUGAAUGGAUGGGACAAGCUCAAGCCUAAUGUUAAACAAGAGAUUGAGAAUAGUAUCCACAAGGUUUUGGAUACCAAGCUGAAGAACAAGGACAAGUAUGGGUCCUUCCAUCAGCCUGCGGUGGCUCUUCGUCACGGCACGUUCACGUCCGAGUCCAAGGUGGUUCCUCUCAAACUCACACAGGGCGAAAGAAUUAAGCCUGACAAUGUCAGAAGUUGGAUUGUUUAUCAGAGACAAGAAAAAUCACUCAGCUGUGUACCAGCUCAAGGUACUAUGGCAUACGAACAAGCUAAUGCAGCUCGUGAGUAUCCCCAUCAAAUACCUCUCGUAAGAAGAGAUCUCACUGAUGAAGAAGUGAGAGCUUCCAAAGAUUGCGAUACCUAUGAGCAAGGAAAAGAGGUGUUAUUUGAAACUCCCGAAUUUGAUCUCGGUGUGAUUACUUUCGCUAACCUCAAGUCUCAAAACUAUGUCAAAUUCUUGCAAAUUGUGCUCGCAAGAAAGGACAAUGAAAAGAGAUUUAAUCAACUCAACAGUUGGUAUUUCCCAAAGGAAGACCAAUUUGCAUUGGUACAACAAUUUGACUCACUCUGUGGUAUUUUAGAUGUUGUUGAACAUCCUUCACAAAUGACCAUUCAACACUUUGAGAACAUCUUCUCCAGCUCAACCUAUUUGGAUUUCUUCCAAAAAUUCCUUCAGACGGAACUCAAGCUCAGAAUGAGCAUGAUGAAGAAUGGAGUGGAAAUUUCACUUCGAACUUAUGGCGACUUGAUGUAUUAUUCCAUUUCUAAACAAACCUUUAUCCGUAUUUUGCAUAAUUUCCACAAUUGCAACUCACAACUCACUCACGCUAAAGUUGCACAUUUUGUUAAAGAAUUCUUAAAGACCGAAAUGGCAAGAGAUAUUAUUUCUGAAAUACUUCAAGAGGACGAUUAUCCAACAAUGUAUUUUAUUGCCCGUGCCGUAACACUCUUUGAUGAAGUACCUAGCCCACUCUUUGAAUAUACCGAAUCCACUCGAAAUGCUGUGAUCAACAUUGUGCUCGUUUCAGAAACUAAAAAGAAGGAUGAGGCUCUCACAAGAAUGGUUGACAAAUUCCUUGUCAAUCUACUCUUGUUGUAUUAUACUAACUGUAUUACAGUUUCGUUGGUCGAGGAAGAUAGAGGUUAUCCAUAUGUUUAUCAAUUCCUUGUCCAAAAACUUGAAAAGUACAUUGAGGAAGUGAACAAGUAUUUGAAGUGUAGCAAGUCAUUCUUGAAGACUUACAUUUGGAAGAUUCUUGGAUCGAAAUCUAAAGCCGUCACUGCUCUGGGUAAAUUUGUCAUGUCUUUCCUCUUCUUCUUGUCAUGGAAAGAGGAUAUCAAGAAUGCCCUGAAGUCAGACGAAACAGAUUUGUUGGCAAAUAUUAGAACUCUGGCAUGUAGCAAAUUCAGUCAUGUGCAAAAUGCCACAGCAAGAUUGUUCCCACUCUUGAAAGAAUGGGAAGAAUUGUUGACAAAAGAUUACAAGAAUGGUCAAAACGUCCUUAGAGACUUGGUCAAGUCGGCUGAGAGAGCUGUGCUUGAUUCUCAACCUCCCCUCAUCUCAUCUAUGGUUCUUGAAUUCUUGAGUGAGUCUCUCACCAUUAAAAAGAAUGAAUUUGGUGAGAAGGAUGGUUCCUUCCACAUGAUCGUGGGACUUAUUGAGACCCGAGUUUUCCACAUUGUACUUGAAGAAGUCAUUUCAACAGUGACACAAAAGAGAAUGCAUCAAGGAACUAUUAUGGGCUCACUUUUUAUUGCUAAAUUUGCUAAAUUCUUGGUCUGCAACCAACUGGUCCAAGCUCCAUCUGAAAAAGCCUCCGAUACCUCAAGCAAAAACAAAUUGUUCAGUUUCUUGAGAAAGAAGGAAACAGUGGAGGUCAAACAGGCUCUCUAUUCUGGUUCCAAGGUUGAGGUUACUCAAUCUAAUCUUCAAAACAUGUGGGACUUUAUUGGAAAGCAGGACAAGCUGAGAAGAACCUACCGACCACGUUCUGCCAUGUUAGUUGCUUUCCGUCACUUGAUCAAAGUGCCAGAAGUUUUUGCAUUAUUCAACAGAGACGCUACCUUUUAUACCAAGCUUCUCGAGUUGUGUAAAGAUGAUGUUGACAUGGAAUUUAAUCGUAAUGCAUGGAGACUAUUCUACCAAUUGAUCAAAUUCCACGGAGAGGAAGUCAUGACCGAAAUUACUAAUCACAACAUGUCUGGCUUUUUAUCUACCAUUAGUUUGCAGCAAAAGUCAAUCAUUGCUACCAAUGCGCUUCACUACUUUAACAAGAUCUUCAAUCUUCCAAUUGAUCGCAACAUUUGGCAAAAAGUUGAAAAUGACGACAAGAGACCAGAGCUAGUUUGUGAGAAGGGAAACAACAUUCCUGCAAAAACUCACGACAAGUACCACAAGGCGGUCCAAAUCCUGAUUGACUUUAUUUUGAAACAAAAACUUGUGGAUGCUGUCUUUGUUGCUGCUUACAAUAUUUGGUCAAAGGAUUAUAAGGGAUGGCCUUUCCAAACCUUGGCUGCUCUUUUCUUUACUAUUAACACACAUUCAUCAUGUCAAAAAUUACAACAAGCAUUCGCCAAAAGUUCCUCCACAUUGUCCAUUAUUGAAAACAUGGUCAAAGCACCUCCUGGCUCUAAAAAGUCCAAAUACAGUAAGGAUGUCAUGGAUUGGAAUAUGAAACACAAACAUUAUUCUUACAUUGCUCCACCAAAAUGGGACGAGAGAAAGUAA